UUGUGAUGGUAACCCUCGUAGUGUCAGCUCUAUCACCAGGUUAUAAUUCAUCGUCGAUUGCUGCUCGAUGGCUGCAGUUUGGCAAGGAAUCGUGGCUGAAGGCAGAAACGUAGGAAAAUCGCAGAUAAGUCACAGCGAAGAUUUGGACGUUACGCUGAACGAUGUCCUGCGCGAUAAAUUGCCGAAACUGACAAUUGGCAAAUUCUCCGUCGAACGUUGGAACCAGACAAACCCAAGAAGAUAGAAACUUUGAACUGAGAAAAUUAUACUUGAAAUAAGAAAAUACCGUUAUUAGCGCUCCUUGAUAUUGGAAUUAGGGAAUUAGCAUAGUCAAUAAACGCAAGAAGACGAAGAGUAGGCGCGUCUGUCUCUUUUCUCGAUCAAUGCUCCGCUUGAGAUUUCACAGUAUUUUAUUCGAAUAAAUACAGAGAAGGAUUCUGAAUAUCCGCAAGUUUGACAGUAGCUGUGGCUAUUGACAGUGUCUCGGAGGACACUGGAAGAAAGAUGACAAGCAACGUAAAGGCUUUCUGUACGUACAACGAACAGUUUAAAAGGUGUUAACGAAGUUUCUUCGACAAAUUCUUCGGCCGAAAUUUCUUUAUUAUGUCCGGAGGCUUAGGUUGAAAAUUAGAACGCGUUUCGGCGCUGUCUCGAUAAAUACGUAGAAGCAGAAAGCUGACAAGAACGUAUUACUAAAUAUUUAACGUGACAUUGUGGCGUCGUGAUUUCUGCUCUACAUUCCGCAACUAGGCCAAAACACAAGAGCCACGAAUUUUCCGCCACUAUGAACGUCCGAUCUAACGAUCAAUAACGAACGACAGCCAUAAUCCACGAUGAUGAUAAUCGUAACGAUUACACCAAAUGAAUGAAGUGUCUUGCGGCGAUUGGGACUGAAAUACAACGUUGAUAUAUGGAAAACGUGCGAGGAUUGUCGAACGGAAAAGUAUACCUGCAACGUCUGUUAAAUUGCGGAUGCUGCGUAGAAGCUUCCGAAGAAAAUACGCUUUCGUCAAAUUUUAUAAAAAUAAACCUUCACGAGCUUGAACGAAGUUUAAACUGUUAGAAACUUGCUCCAUAACGAGACACGCGUUAAAUCGUUCGUUUAACGUAGAAACGAGAGAGUGGCACGUAUCAAUGACCAGGUAAUAAACCGCUAAUCAAAUGAGGAAAUCGUAGCCUGUUUUCAUGGGAGCCGAGAGUUCUGAAGUUUCGUCGCCGGAGCUAUGAACUUGACAUCCAUAAGAGCGACCUUCCACCCAGCCACGUAACGCCGUAUCGAUUGCUCGUCAGCAGAACGCUGACGUAAACUCCUAACUGCAAUAGUUUAAUUGAAUCUGGAAGCUUGAAGCAUCGAUGACGAGCUAUCAAAUGGCUAAUUAAACAGCGAACUCGCGGCUACUCCAUCGAAUCUGCGGCUUGCGAGUUUCGCUUCGCGGAUCCUGUGAACUUGAGGAUCGCAAGGUCGGCCCUGAAGCCACAGCCACGCGAUAUCGUAUCGGAUUGACGCAAGCCUGUAACUUCAAGUUGAAUCGCUUCUCGCGGCGGAGAGGUGCGAACAAUGGACCAUAAAAUAGAAGGCUGGCACUUUGAAUAUAACUUCUCGAAGGUGAAUGAUAAAUGGAAGACGCUAGGGCGCGUAAGGUGAGGACCAUGUAAGGUGUAAAUAUCGUGUGUAUCUCUGGCGAAGAGCACGUGACAAAGACGCGAAGAAGAAGUUUAGUGUUUGCUCGUGGAAGCGAUGAGGAAUAGCCAUGAAAGAUGAAGCGCAAGGAAAGAAAGAAGCAAAGCAGAAAUACGUCGAUUCGAUCGAAACAACUGCAACCCCCCGGAAUCUCCAUGGACAUGGAAUCGUCCUGGGCAGCUCAAGAGAUCAAGUCCAAUCUGAAUAACAUGGCUCGCUUUCAGCAGAAGCAACUGCAGGAGAAGGAGCAGAAGUUGUUGCAGCUUUACGACCAACAACAGCAACGAGCUUAUCAAGUGGUGCAACGAGGCAGCGCCGGCUCCAACAGCUCGAAUCAUGCUACCUCCAUCAGCCAACACACCGUCACAAAGACCUCGAGCAGCAGCCAUACAACCUCGACCUCGCAAGGUGGAAAGGUGAGGCAGAUGUUCGACGAAAGACGGCAAACGACGGUGAAGGGCAUCGACAGAAGCUACCCACUGGAGCCGCUGGAGAACAAAUCGCGGAAACAGACGAACGGAAACGGCGUGCAGAAGAACGGAAAUUUGACUGUGAACCGACAGUCGGUGACUGUGAAACGAGUAGCCAGGGCUGACGUGAACAGCAAUUUGAACGGUGGCAAACCGAUCGUCUCGUAUCACGAGGAAAUCAGUCGAGAAUCGUUCGGUCCGUGCGCGCGCCAGCACCAAGAGGACGACGAGUUUGGAAACGAGAACCACGUCGCGCAAUAUGCGAAUGGAAACCAUCGAGAUGAGGCACGUAUGGAGGAAGUUUUGGACGAGGAUAUGAUAGGAAGGAAUCGUAUGAUGGCGAAACUUCAUCUGAUGGAGUACGACGAGACGUUGAAGCAUCGUGUUAAAAACGACCUCGAGAGCGAGGAAUUCCCCGAGGACUUUAUGGUCGAUGUUCCUGACAAGCUUCCAAAACAAAGUGUUACCAGAAAGUUAUCUCAAGCGGAGGUCAGGUUGGAACGCUUUAAAAACGCGAACGCGAGGCGUGGUAACAACGUUACGAAGAACCCAGCCAUUGCCCCGAAGAAACGAUCUGACCCAAUAUUUCCAGCAAAAUCCACUUGCAGCGGCAGCCGAAUGACCAACACAGCUUCAGACAGAGGAUCGAACGACGGGAAAAAUCCUGCAAGUAGCAAAUCCAGAGGGAAGACACUGGUCUCUGGAAAUGUGAGGGAAACGGUCUCGUUGGAUUCCGGGAGAAAUGUGGGACGAACAGACGAAAAUCCACGGUUCUUCUGCGGAGAGUCCGAGAAGUCUGCCACCUCGCACGUCGUUGGUUCGAAAACCGCGAGGAAAUUAUCGCCUGAUUUGUCUGAAGAUAGAAUACGAAGAAGCGAAAGGUCUGCGAUAUUUAAUAAAGAGAAAUCUGCUAUUAAAUACCCGAUAGACUCGAAGGUUGCAAGAACAUCGACAUCCGAGUCGCUUAAAGAUAAGACAGGGAAAAGGGAAAGUCGCGAAUUAUCCUCUAAAGAUGCUGGAAAAUCAGCCGUAACUUCUGCGACUGGCGCAACAACCGUUAGGAAAUUGUCUUCUGAAGCUUUAAGAGAUGUCAAGGAUCAAGGCGAUUAUGGUAAAUUUAUCGAUGAAGAGUCUGAAAAAUCAGCAACGACUUACGCAACUCGUCCAAAGUAUGCAGAGAGAUCGAUUCGUGAAGUUUCCGAAGAUACGAAGGACGUUAAGCGACGAAGUGAAAGUCCGAAAUUCUUCUGCAAAGAGUCUGAAAGAUCAGCAACGACUUACGCGAUCGACUCAAAGACUGCAGAAAAGUAUACUCGCGAAGCUACGAAAGAUACGAGGGACUUGAAACGACGAAGUGAAAGUCCGAAAUUCCUCUCCAAAGAGUCUGAAAAAUCAGCAACGACUUACACGACUCGUCCAAAGUCUGCAGAGAGAUCGAUUCGUGAAGUUUCCGAAGCUACAAAGGAUGUUAAGCGACGAAGUGAAAGUCCGAAAUUUUUCUGCAAAGAGUCUGAAAGAUCAGCAACGACUUACGCGAUCGACUCAAAGACUGCAGAAAAGUAUACUCGCGAAGCUACGAAAGAUACGAGGGACUUGAAACGACGAAGUGAAAGUCCGAAAUUCCUCUCCAAAGAGUCUGAAAAAUCAGCAACGACUUACGCGACUCGUCCAAAGUCUGCAGAGAGAUCGAUUCGUGAAGUUUCCGAAGCUACGAAGGACGUUAAGCGACGAAGUGAAAGUCCGAAAUUCUUCUGCAAAGAGUCUGAAAGGUCAGCAACGACUUACGCGAUCGACUCAAAGACUGCAGAAAAGUAUACUCGCGAAGCUACGAAAGAUACGAGGGACUUGAAACGACGAAGUGAAAGUCCGAAAUUCCUCUCCAAAGAGUCUGAAAAAUCAGCAACGACUUACACGACUCGUCCAAAGUCUGCAGAGAGAUCGAUUCGUGAAGUUUCCGAAGUUACAAAGGACGUUAAGCGACGAAGUGAAAGUCCGAAAUUCUUCUGCAAAGAGUCUGAAAGAUCAGCAACGACUUACGCGAUCGACUCAAAGACUGCAGAAAAGUAUACUCGCGAAGCUACGAAGGCCACGAGGGACUUGAAACGACGAAGUGAAAGUCCGAAAUUCCUCUCCAAAGAGUCUGAAAGAUCAGCAACGACUUACGCGAUUGACGGAGAAACAAGUAAAAAGUUCUCUCUCGAAGGUUUAAAAAGCGUCAAGAAACGGAGCGACAGUCCAAAACCCACAACUUACGCGAUAGAGCCAAAGUCUGCAGAAAGAUUGAUUCGUGAAGUCUCCGAAGAUAUAAAGGACGUUAAAAGCCGAAGUGAAAGUCCGGAAUUUUUCUACAAACAGUUUGAAAAGUCAGGUACCACUUACGCGACUGAUUCAAAGCUCGCAGGAAAAUUAGCCCGUGUUUCUUUGAAAGAUAUAAAAGACGUUAAACAACGAAGUGAAAGCCCAAGAUUCUUCUGCAAAGAGUCUGAAAGAUCAGCUACCACUUAUGCGAUUGACGCAAAAACGAAUAAAAGAUUCUCUUUCGAAGAUUUAAAAGACGUCAAGCAACGAAGCGAUAGUCCAAAAUCCACAACUUACGCGAUUGACUCAAAACGUGUGGAAAGAUCGAUUCGUGAACCUUCAGAAAACAUAAAAGACGUUAAACGGCGAAGUGAGAGUCCAAGAUUCUUCUGCGAAGAGUCUGGAAGAUCAGCCAAAACUUACGCAACUGAUCGAAAGACUGCUAAUUCCUCGAAGAUCAGAACAUCACGUAGCGAUAGUCCGAAAUUCCUCUGCAAAGAAUCGGAGAAAUCAGACACGGCUUAUGCGAUGGACUCGACAAUUCUUCCAACGUCCCCUAAUUAUAUGAAAGACAGUAAGAGCUCCGUAUUAAAAAUCGCAUCAAAGAACAAAAAGGAUAUGACUAAUAACACAAUAAGAGAAUGCACGAACGACGCCAUGAAGAGACACGCUACAUAUCCCAAACGCGAUACAAUCAGCAAAUCUUCUUCUCCGGAAGGCCCAAAAUAUGACGUGAUAUCUUGCGCGAAGCCCGAGUACCAAACUCUACGCAAAUCUACCGAAACCAAGUUACCCGACGUUUUCGAGCGUCUAACAAGAGAACGUAGCUCGAGUCCUCGGUCUUUCUGUCAUGACAGCAGAAGAUCAGCCACGACGAUGAGCACCCGCAACAGGAACACCGAGUCCGCCUCUGUAUCCGCAAACGUAAUCGAGGAAAUGAAAAAGAAAGGCAGCGAGAGUCGAAGAGUCGGUUCUGGAAAGCGCGAUGCUUCGAUAAUCCGUGCUGACGAAUCGAAAUCACCAGACUUCGCGAAAGCAUCAUCCAGAAGCUGCAGCGUAAGUCCGCAGUACUUCGGCUUGGAUUCUGACAGGUCCGCCAGCAUCCUGAUGGUCACGCCAGAGACCAUAGUGAAAGCAAAAACAGAUCUAGUGUGCUUCGAGAAAGGAGAAGAAAGUCCUACGUCAUACGUUGCCAAAGGCGAGAAGCUCGUCACGAACGUACCGAGAGAAGCGACAAGAGGAUCGUCGACAGAAAGCUACGACGACACGGCGAAACGCUUCAUCAGAAGCUCGGUAUCACGAUUUUUCUCGGAGCAGUGUGAAGGAGCAACGAGAAACGUGGGGCCGAGAAAGCUUCAGCUGACGGACGCCAGAACACCGAGUCAGACGAAGUCGCAGUUCGAUGAUGGACGAGCUGAGAAGGACGAGAGAACGAGUUUCGUCGCAGACGGCAGUCGUGACUCGUCGCCCAGGUCUCGAGAAAUCGUUGAAAGUAGAGAAGAAACGCCAGAAUUCUUGCGUUACGAGACAGAAGAGUCCGCCAUCGCUACGAGCCUUCAGCCUAAGAUUUGUACAGACGUUGAGCAACCGCCCAAAGGUGCGCACUCGCUUAAACAAACAGUUGCGCGUGAGAUUACGGCAAAGUCAAGGAAUCUAUCGAGCAACGUCAAGGACAGAUCCUCGAAGAUUCCUUUAAGCGUCAAGGACCACAACUUGACAGCCGAAAACGCGAAUGCACUUAGCCGUAGAGGGUCCGCCGGUGUUCUACGUUCGACAAAACUGAUUCGCGACGUGCUGCAGCGUCAGAGUGGCCAAGAUCAGGUGGAUUAUGCUUCGCCUGGAAUAUCGAACGAAUGGGAAGAGCGACCGAGGGCUGACAGGAUGCAGACAGAGACCAGGGUGGACAAGAAAGUUGAGGAAAGAGCUGGGACCCCGACUGGUCGCCAACUUGCGGCCGCGGGAUCGGAAAGUUGUAGGUCCGUGAAAGUGGACACGCAGAUCGGAGGAAUCAGGACUCCUGAACGAUACGUAAAACAGGAACAGCUUCGAGGCACUUACUCGAGAUCGAGCAAGGGAACAGCCUGCGAGAAGUCGAGCGUUGGAAAGUUGCUGACUUAUUCCGUGCGCAAGCCAGUUAAACAGAGAGGAUCGUUGCUGAAGUCGAACAUUUUCCAGCAAUCGCUGAGAGAUCGAGAUUCAACGAACGAGAGGCCCGUUAGCUCGAAACGUACAACACGAAUUGCGUCUCUGAAGAAGGAGCCUGCAGCUUGUGCUCGUAGCUUGCAGAGUCGAACGAAGGGAAACGCGGCGAAUGGAAAGAGCAAGAGCGACAUUUUGAAGACUCGCAGCCGAACAGCGAGUCCGAUCUCAGCAAGCAACGGAAAGACGAGCUCAGAGCCGGUUGCUGAUAAGAGGAACGUGGACAGAUACGAUGCUUCGAAGCGUAUAACGCGAACGUCCAACGAAUCCAUCGCUCGUGGCUCGAAAGGAGCAACUGAUGUGGCACAUCGAAACGAUGAAACCAAAAUCCCAAGAGCUGGAGCACGAACUGCCAGGAAGCAGAGUAUCGCGGAUGAGAGGAAGAAAGGCAAGACGUCUAACCAGGCUGAAAUUUUGAAGUCCAUGCAGCUCGUUCGCAGUGUUACGAGAGGAUCAGACUUUGCGCAGGAAUCGCGAAAAAUGGUUGGCGAAUCAGUCGACGACGGUACAGUCAGAGACGAACAGACUGAAACGAGGGAAAGUUGCAGCUCCUCGACGAUCGAUAUUAGAAGGUCGGAGGCCGGCUUAGCUUCUAUAAAGGAACUUUCCAAGAAUUACGAGAGAACAGACUCAGUGGAGUCAGCUCUCAGACGUUUCGAUUCGAUCGGAACUGAGGCUGAAUCGAUCCGAGGCACGUUAGAACGAAGCGUGGAAUCGAUACCGAAGGAAAUACGAAGGAAAUCUGGCGGAAGCAUUGGCCGCAAGGCUGACUCAAAGACGAUUUCGCCGAAAGCACUUGAUCCACCGAAUGUAAAUCUUUUCGCUAAGAGAACGUGUGCCGGCAAAGCUACGACCGUAUCCAGGAGCGCAAUGGCCGCCGCUAAAGGAAGACAGGCUGAAGCGCAAGAAACGCGGAGGCAGAAAAAAUUGGAGAAAGCCAGAGACUCGAUAGAGAUCAACCGAAUUGCCAUAAGAUCGAGAUCGCUGUCGUGCAAGCGGCAGCUUUUCCAGCACACCGAUUCCAGCGAGACUGGAAGCGUUGCAUCGAGGUGCAGCAUCGAUUCCUUGAGAACCGUGGAACGUUUCUCGACGACAUCCAAUAAGAAGAAAACGUGCGACUCGGUGAAUACCGCGUCGAAACGCUUCGAAUUCUCUGGCAGCGACGAGACGUCGACGCAAACGAUAGACAAAGCAGAAACGGAUAACAUGUCAACAGGUGUGGGUCGUUGCUCAUCGGCGAAGCAACUGAGAUCGAUCGAGGAUAUUCGUAGGUCGAUCGAGGACGAAAGUUGGGAUCGCGAAACGGGGCAACCGUCGACAAUAUCGGCGGUCGUAGGCAGCGCGGCGAAAGCAGCGGGUCGAUCGAAACCUCGUCGAAUAAAUGUCAAUGAUCGCGCUGGAAAUAGAAAAGAGAUAUGUUCGCCGGGGCGGUCGGUGAACUUUACCGCGAGCAACGACGCUUUAGAGGAUACGGAGCGUUCGUCUGUAAAGUGUACGAUGCGUUUCUCCAGGGUCGCGAAAAGUCCGAGCCCGGAGACGACCAAGGAAACGAGCAUCCGUGCGAGAAGAAACGUCCCAGCGUCGCCGUCCAAAAGUCCGGACACGGUCGCUAGGCGUGCGUCGAGCGAGUUGAAAGCUCAAGACACAAGAUCGACGAAACGGCCAACGACUAUGAAAGGCACAGAGCCAAUUGGAAACAGGAAGGCGUUGACGGCAACGAGCACAACUACGAAAAAAUCAGCGGACGUGGUCGAUAGCGCUAUUCUCGAGAAUGGUCUGCAUUUACGAGACCAAACUGCCGAAACGAAAUACGAUAACGACUCGCCCACGAAGAAAAGCGACGCUCUGGUCGUCGACUUGGACGAGCAACCGGCGAAGGAAAACGACGCUCCACUUCCGCGGAAGCCGCUCUUACGAAAACAGUCCACCGAGAAACAGAUUACUUCCAUGCAAUCAACACGGCCACCAUCUGUUUCGUCCACAUCUGGUGGUAGCCCCAUGCAAGGUCAGACUUCCGGUUCUAGAAGCAAAAUGGCUUCGAGAGCAAAGGCGCCAAUUUCCGGUUCAACAGGAUACAAAGGAUCAGCUUCUAGCAGAACCGGUGGAGCCGCGGCAGCGACAUGUUACAGUGACGCUCUGGUUCCUUGCAAAAUGUGUGGCCGCCGUUUCGCUCAAGAUCGAGUAACACUUCACGAGCAAAUUUGCGCGAAAACGACUCAGAAAAAGAGGAAACAAUUCGAUACGAUGAUGUAUCGCGUAAAAGGCACCGAUCUCGAACCGUUCGUGAAAAAAGGACUUGUGAAAAAACAAGUGGAGAAAUCGAAGAAGCCGGAGAUAAAGUCGAACUGGCGGCGCAAACACGAGGAUUUCAUUAACGCCAUACGCUCGGCCAAGCAAGUACAAGCACACCUGGCCGCAGGAGGCAAGCUCAGCGAUUUGCCACCACCGCCGGUUAGCGAUAACUACGAUUACAUUCAGUGUCCCCACUGCGGAAGAAAAUUCAAUAAGGCCGCCGCCGAGCGUCACAUUCCCAAAUGCGAACACAUGUUACACAAUAAGCCGAUACACUCGCGAGCGCCGAAACCAAGGCGUUAAUUCUGCCGGAGUCAUUUCUGCUAAACGAUCUUUCUAUAUACGUACAUCGAGCAGGAACAAGAUAGAUAAAAGUGUCUUUAUUUUGAGAAAAAUCAACUUGAAAUAAAAUUUGAAAAGAAGAAAAGGAAACCAGAACGAAAGAUUAAAUUAAAUCGUAGCUUGAAGUGUGAUGUUAUAUUUAUAGUAAAGUAUGAAAUAAUAUAAACACAAUAAUUACGAUAUUUUUAAUAAAACGCAGCUUUCAUGAAGCACCUUGUCUCUACCUUGUUCGUGCGAUCGAUGCAGUUUUAUACAAGCGUCGCGUUGAUUAUGAAAUACUUAAAAAAUGUUGUAUGGGAUCUUACAUAAAUGGAAAAAAAAUCUCGCAGAAGACCGUCAUCUAUCGGUCAUGUGCACGAGACGAAUGUAAAAGCGAUUUGUAUCUACAGCUUGAAAUCUAUAGGUUUCCUCCGUGUAUUUGGGACAAAUGUAUUUUCCAAUUAUACUAAAAUAAAGUACGAAUUUUCUCUA